AUGGCUAUUAUUGGUGGAACGUUCCGCAUGGUGUCAGAGGAAGAGCAGACGCUCAGGGCCAAAUUGGAACAUCUCACAAUCAAAGACCACGGGCCAGUGUUUGGACCUUGUGCCAAGCUCCCUGACCACACUGUGCAGAAGGCUAAAGAUGAACUGAAUGAGACAGAGGAGAAAAAAGUGUCAGCAGUGAAGGAACUGAAAGACAUCAUUAAAGAGAAGGCAGACACCGGAGAUGACUUGGUCAAAGUGGUGCAGGAAACGUUCAUGGAGAAACCUGAUGUUCUGUUUCUUAGGUUCAUUCGGGCCAGAAAAUAUGAUGUGAACAGGGCUUUUGAGCUUAUGAAGGGUUAUGUGCGCUUCAGACGAGAUUACCCUGAGCUCUUUGAGAACUUAAGCCCAGAGGCUGUACGCAGCACUAUUGAAGCCGGUUACCCAGGGAUCCUCUCUAGCAGAGACAAAUAUGGCCGUGUAGUGCUGCUUUUCAACAUUGAGAACUGGGACUAUGAAGAGAUCACUUUUGAUGAGAUCAUCAGGGCUUACUGUGUGAUCCUGGAGAAGUUGCUAGAGAAUGAGGAGACUCAGAUCAAUGGCUUCUGCAUCAUUGAAAACUUUAAAGGCUUCACCAUGCACCAAGCAUCUGGUAUCAAGCCCACAGAACUAAAGAAAAUGGUAGACAUGUUGCAGGACUCUUUUCCUGCUCGCUUCAAAGCAGUGCAUUUCAUCCACCAGCCCUGGUAUUUCACCACCACCUAUAAUGUGGUCAAACCAUUGUUGAAGAGCAAACUCCUGGAGAGGGUGUUUGUCCAUGGAGAGGAACUGGAGAGCUACUACAAGGAGUUUGAUGCUGAAAUCCUGCCUGCAGAGUUUGAAGGGAAGGGUCCCAGCUAUGACGGCAAGGCGACAGCAGCAAAACUUUUCGACUGA